AAACUUCAAUUUAUUACCAAUUAUUGUUCGUUUUGUCCGAAGUUCCAACCAUUUCCACAGCCAGUCUGUAUCCUUAUUCACUUCACUCUAAAUUUCAAACCCGCAGAAUAGAGGGAAAUAUAAAUAAAUUCUCAAAUUAACAUUUUUUUUCUUUGGUUGUUAGAGAGAGAGACAGUGGAGCGGAAUAGGUAUGUCGCAGCAUGGAAGUGACAGCAGCGGAGCGCCGGAGUUUCACUUGCCGGAUGAGAUAUUGGCUGUGAUACCGACGGACCCGUACGAUCAGCUAGAUCUGGCUCGUAAGAUCACGUCCAUGGCGAUUGCCUCGCGCGUGUCGAAGCUGGAGGCCGAAAUGGGUCGUAUGAGGCAAAAAGUUUAUGAGAAAGAUCGAGCUAUUUACGAGCUUGAGGAGAAAGUAUCUCACGUACAACGCGCAUACCAGGAGGCGGAGUCUAGGCUGAAGAUUACUCUCGAUGAAAAUACAAAACUCUCAAAGGAACGGGAUUCACUGGCAAUGAGUGUGAAGAAACUCAGCCGUGAUUUGACAAAGUUGGAGACCUUUAAGAGACAACUGAUGCAGUCAUUAAACGAUGAUAAUUCAUCAGCUGAAACUGUAGAUAUUGGGACUUGUGAUCAGUCUGUUCCCAAAGCCUAUCUUGAUAAAGAUGAGGGGGUGAAUGGCUAUUUAACCCAUUCUUAUAGUGGCUCUACCGAUACGGGAAACACAAUUGAUGAUGCUUCAAGACGCGCUGGGCAAAUAUUUUCUAUUACUCCAUAUAUCACACCACGGUUAACUCCAACUGGAACUCCAAAAAUCAUUUCUUCAGCUGUAUCCCCAAGAGGUUUUUCUGCUGCUGGAUCUCCUCAGAAAACAUCUGGAACAAUAUCUCCAACAAAUCCUCAUUAUGAUGGACGGACUGUACUUUCCUCGUGGUACUCAUCAAGCCAGCAAUCAUCAGCUGCAAACUCUCCUCCCCGUGGGCGACCAAUGCCAGCACGAACUCCACGAAUUGAUGGAAAGGAGUUCUUUCGUCAGGCCAGGAGUCGCCUAUCGUAUGAACAGUUCAGUGCAUUUCUGGCCAACAUCAAGGAACUAAAUGCUCAAAAGCAAACUCGAGAAGAAACUUUAAGGAAAGCAGAAGAGAUAUUUGGGACAGAUAACAAAGAUCUUUAUUUAUCAUUCCAAGGAUUGCUUAACCGCAACAUACGAUAGACCCUAAACUCUCUGGUUUAGAUGGAAACCAUUAACGGAUUGUGGAUCAAACUAAUCCGACAUUAUCCAGCCUUUAUGAGAGGAUGCCUUGCAAUAAAUUUCCAAUUUAUCGAUGGCGAUCAACACAUGUAUUUGUGGUUUAUGUUCGAACAAUUAGAACUGUAGGCUUCAUUUCUUUCAUACAUGCAGGUAUGUCAUGUAAAUAUCUGGUUUAUUUUUUGCAUUGCCUGCCCGGGUUUUCAAUACUGUUUGCCAUUAAGAUUUUGGUGUUUUCACAUGCAAAGCAAGUGGAGAAAAUUUUCUUAAUAAAUUGUUCAACAAGAUACUUUCAAGUUUUACCUCUA